AUGUGUAGCGGGUUUUUCCAACUUUUCUCAAAGGCGACACCUCAGCACUUGACAAACUCUUGGAGGCAAUUAACCCUUCUGAUAAAGCGUGUCCCCUGCUGUCACAAUCCAACUACUGCCGGUGCUACUGCAACUGCUGCUGCUGCUGCUGCUGCUGCCGACGGACUUGAUGGUGAUGUUACCGCUGGCAAGGGUAGCAGUAGUACAAGGGGUAGUGGCAACAAGGGUGAUGCCGUACGUCUGGGGCCGCUGCACAUCGACAUCACCUCGCCCACAUCGACAGCGAGCAGCGGCAGGAAGAGUGGCGGUGACGACGACCAAAUGGGUAUGCAACGCAGCGAAGCAAAGGCGAAUGGUCUCCGAAUCUCCAACGGAGACGCUGGUUCUGCGCUCUCCGCCGACAAAACAUUCCCAGUUCUGUUGCCGAAAAACAACACCACCAUUGCAACUGCGUCAUCAGCCUCAAAACGAGAUCUGUUUAGCAUUGCGGCGCUGACAGCAGUGGAGGAGAGAGAGGAGGCGUCGUCGUCAAUGGUGAAGUCAUCUCAAGAGCAGCAGCAGCAGCAACAACAACAACAAUCACAAGCCCAUUCGCCCCAGGUGCCGCAAUCUCCACAGCUGCGACCGAAUGGCCAUCCGCUGACACCAGCACAGUGGUUGGAGCGUCUGUCGAAUAAUCGAGGUGGAGAAAUGGCCUGGAACAAGGGAGGGAUUGGGAUGGCAGAGGAAGAAAUGCGUCAACUCACUCACCUCCUCUUUACAGACCGGCAGAAUUCUCUUGGUGCAGGUGCACCGCAAACUGGCGCAAUGCAUCCACCUGCCGCCUUGACCACCAAUAAGGCGUUUCCACCGCCACCACAUCCACCCUUGCCUUUCACACCUCCCACUGCUUCUGCUACUGCUCUUGCAGCCGCCGCAGCCGCCGUCGUCGGUUGUGGUGGCAGUGGUGGUUCCCUCACCACCACCACCGCCACUACCACCAUCGCUACUGCUAAUCUCACCAGCAUUGCAACUUACUUUCCAACUCCGGUGAACUCCACUUCCGCUGCUACGACGACGCCCAUUCAUCUGCCGCCGCCACCACCGCCACCGCCGCCGCCGUUGUCUCACUCACCAGUCUUCUUCAACUCCACCGCCACUGGUGUUGCUGCCGCUCUUGCCGCUGGCAUACGGCCAACAGCACCCGGGCCCACAUCUCCAUUCCUCACCCGUUGCACCAUCCAGCAGUGCAGCACACGCUCGCAGAGCGACGCCAGUGGUGGAUGCAGUCGACCUGACUUCCAUGGCCGGCGGAGGAAACGACGGGGUUGGCAGUAUGAAACGAUCCGCGUGUGCAAGACCCGCGAUUCCACAGUCACUCUUGAGUUUUCCACACUUCUGGGCACACCAACGCUCUGCGGUCGCUAUCGCUACUGCAAUUCAUCAACCACAGCCUCAACCACCCUCAUCUGCGAAUCGACGACUUCAUCAAUUGCCACGUUUUCGCGAUCUCUUUCGUAUCGAUGGGAUGGUGAGUUGUCGUCGCCUUCAUUUUCUUCGCCUCCAGCACAAAUUUGCUGCUCAUUUAUCACCCUUUCUUCUAUUUGGAAGCUGUCAAAUCGCGGUGCGACGGCGCACCUUCGAAUCUGCUACCAUAUCAUGAUGGACAAGACACACGGUCUGAAGCCGGUGAACCCAUCGACGAACCCUUGGUGGUACGUGGAACCAAGUGCCACUCUGCCUCAACCGAAGCCACGCGAACGACCCGCACCCCCACAUCCACACCCGCACCCGCAUCCACACUUGUCGCACCACCAAACACUGCCGCGCUUCCCUAACUACGAGCAUUUCAUGCGAACGGCGUUAGGAGGUGGUGGUAGUAGUGCUGGUGGUGCAGGUGGUGUUGGUGGUAGUUGUACUGUGGCACCACUGCCGCCCCCCCACCCCAUUGCGAUCGACUUGACGCGGUCACCUCCGCCUCACAUGGCGGGACUGGCGAUGUCAUCGGCUCGAAAACUGCUACAACAUCAGGAAAUGCCUCGUCCCGUGGAUGCAGCAACAGUGGCCAAGUUUUUCCAACAGCAUCAGCAGCGGCAGCAGCAGCAACAACAACAACAAGAAACAGAAUUGAUGAUGGCGUUGAAACGACGACGAGUGAUGCCGGAGGGUGGAGCAUUGGUUUCGCCACCACCGCCAUCACUACCUCCGCCGUCUAUGCAGCCUGCGCCGCAGCUGUUGCCUCCACCGCACUACCAGAAUGGGGGAAUGAGGAUGCCUCUGGGUUUCCCCUUCUCUCCGCCACAUUUCCGCCACCCGUUGUGA